AUGGCUGAUCAGUCACCCCAGCCGAACAUAAUUAAGAAGGGUGAUUUACGUAGGAAAGUGGAGGAAGAGGAGCAUCCUUAUGAUCCAGCAGAAGCAAUUAUUACAAAAGGAUUUCACUACUUCAUGAAGCACAACUAUGACCCUAACGUUGCACUAGGACAACAUCCUACGUUUCUGGUAUUUGCGUGCUCGGAUUCUCGAGUUAGCCCCUCAAAUGUGUUGAACUUCCAACCUGGAGAAGCUUUCAUGAUGUGCAAUAUUGCUAACUUAGUCCCUGCAUUUAACCAGUUGAGGUACUCUGGAGUUGGAGCAGUUAUUGAAUAUGCUGUUAAAGUAUUAGAGGUAAAAAACAUCCUCGUUGUUGGACAUAGUGAUUGUGGAGGAAUAAAGGCACUCAUGAAUCUUCCUGACGAUGGCUCUUCUACACAUGACUUCAUAGACAAUUGGGUAAAAAUUGGUUUACCUGCAAAGGCUAAAGUCCUGGCUGAGCAUCCAAAUUUACUUCCUGAAGAACAACGCCACAUUUGUGAAAAGGCAAUAAAUUUAUCACUUGUGAACAUACAAAGUUACCCAUAUGUUAGGGCAGGAAUGGGAAACAACAAUUUAACUCUAAGAGGUGGUUAUUAUGACUUUGUUCAUGGAUCUCUUCAGCUGUGGGAAGUCAAUCAUGAAAUUACAGUUCCUAAAUAUAUAUGAUCGAGUAAGAUGAACGAUAAUAAAUCACAAGUUUAAAUUUGUGUAUUUUCGUUUCUUCGUC